UAAAAACAAAAAAAAAAGAAAUUUGUAACGGCAGAUGACUGGGCACGGACACGACUUUUCCCCAGACACUGCGAAUAGUUAAGGAGCUUCGGUAGAUACGCAGACAGACACUGCGAUAGUACGGACACUGUAGUGAUACAGUAGUGAUAGUGUGACAUUGUGACAUUGUUACAGUAGUACCAGUCAUAGAGCAGAGUAAUUAGUGUAGCUACGAUGUCGCACGACUUGGAAGAUCAGGUCAGGUUAUUUCAUCCUCAGCAGGAGGAGCACAUAGAGGAGAUGCACAUCAUUCAUCGUAAGUUCUCCAGGGUGGGUGAUGACACUAAGUUUAUGGUGGUAAAUGAGCAACUGGCGUUGUUGGGCAGCUUUCCCUAUACUUUAGUUAUGAAGGUUUCUGCAUCAGAGCCCCGGGAUGUGCUCCAACUGGAACGUACUUGCUUAACUUUCAUACGAUUCUCUACGUCGUUAUUCUUUACAGCUUUAGGGAUUAUUGUUAAUUUCAAAUUUGAUUCUAGUGGUGAGAAGACGACUCCUACUAGUCCUCCUCAUAGUCACUUUAAUGCGUCCUUAUAUUCUACAGUGGUUUCAUAUAUAUUGUUAAUACUUGCAUUGGCUACAUUGGUGCUAAGUGCCGUCAACUACUUUAUAACAGUAACGAGAUAUGCUAAUCAUAAGAUCGAUACUUAUAGUUUCAACAAUUUCGCUACCGUCAUAUGUAUGACCUGCGUAAUUAUAACACUAAUGGGGGCUAGUAUAAGUUUGAUAGUUCAAGGGUAUAUUGAACAGUCGUAGAUAUAUAGUACAUAAAUAUAUGGGGAAUAUAAAUAAACUUUACUUUGACUUUGACUUUGACUUUGACUUUGACUUUGACUUUUACUGUGGCUUGUGCUUGUGCUUGUGUGUAUGCUUCUUCUUAGAUGGUUUCUCUACCUUAGAUACCUUCAGCUUGUUAAUCUUCCGUUUCAGCCCAAAGUUCUCCUUGUCCAUCUC